GAUCGGGUGGUCCCGGGGCUGCGGGCCACCUUCCCAGCUGUGGCACCUGAGCGCGGGCGCUGAGGAUCCUGGCUGGAGGGACCCGGUACCCAGCCCUGGAGACCCUGGAGCUGCGGCCGGGGGCGGGGCCGAGGAUCGCCGCGAGCUCCUGGGCGGGUCCCAGGGGCGGUGCUUUGCGGGCAGGUACCGCGGCUCCGCCCCCGUCCGUGGAGAUGGUCGGCCUUCGGCGGGCGUGCUAAUCACCGCGGCCCAAUGACAACAAGGCCCAACCCUUCCCGCCUAGGAUCUAGAGACGCGACCCAAGGAGAGCCGGUGGCGACUUUAUUGCUGUAGACACUGCUGCUACACCAUCAAGAGCUCUCUGACUUUACCCAGAUACCAACUUCCCACGGCUUUCCCCAGCAUCGGGCCCUCCCAGAUCGCACCUAACUGCAACUGGCGCCGGCGUUUCGAAACGUCAGAAACGUGUCAGAGGGAACCGAGGCCACCGGGGUCGUGAGGACCCAGGAUCUAGUGAACAUGGUAACCUGCGUACCAGCCUUCGAGCAGAUCGGCUGUGCCGAAAGAGAUUCACAAGUUUAUUCUGAAGAUACGGGAGGCACUGAGGCUGUGCGGGUUACAGACUCCGGGAGCCCUGAGGACUGUGGACCCCAGAAUGAGCCAGGCUACUGCAAUUCAGAGGACUCUGGGCAGCUGAUGUCCUCCUACGAGGGUAAAGCUAGGGGCUACCAGGUGCCUCCUUUUGGCUGGCGGAUCUGCUUGGCUCACGAGUUUGCAGAGAAGAGGAAACCUUUCCAUGCUAACAACAUCUCUCUCAGUAAUUUGGUAAAGCACUUCGGUAUGGGCUUGAGGUACUUGAAGUGGUGGUACCGGAAGACCCAGGUGGAAAAGAAGACCCCUUUCAUCGACAUGUUCAAUUCUUUACCCCUAAGACAGAUCUAUGGUUGUCCCUUGGGUGGCAUUGGAGGAGGCACUAUCACCCGGGGCUGGAGAGGCCAGUUCUGUCGUUGGCAGCUUAAUCCUGGAAUGUACCAGCACCGGACAGUCAUUGCAGACCAAUUUAUAGUAUGCUUGCGCCGAGAUGGGCGGACUGUGUAUCAGCAAGUUCUGUCCUUGGAGCUUCCGAAGGUCCUGCGCAGCUGGAACUGGGGCCUGUGUGGUUACUUUGCUUUCUACCACGCCCUCUAUCCCCGAGCCUGGACAGUCUAUCAGCUUCCUGGCCAGAACGUCACCCUCACCUGUCGCCAGAUCACACCUAUCUUGCCUCAUGACUACCAGGACAGCAGUCUCCCUGUGGGAGUCUUUGUGUGGGACGUAGAAAACGAAGGAGAGGAGACUCUGGACGUGUCCAUCACGUUCUCCAUGCGGAACGGACUAGGAGGGGACGAUGAUGCUGCCGGAGGCUUGUGGAAUGAGCCCUUCCGCCUGGAACAGGAUGGGACGACUGUACAGGGGCUACUGCUGCAUCAUCCAACCCCUCCGAACCCCUACACCAUGGCUGUGGCUGGACGAUGCACGGCAGAUACCACGGUAACCUACACCACAGCCUUUGACCCUGACAGCACUGGGCAGCAGGUGUGGCAGGACCUACUUCAAGAUGGACAGCUGGACUCCCCUGCUGGCCAAAGCACCCCAACACAGAAAGGAGAGGGUAUCGCUGGGGCUGUAUGCAUCUCCAGCAAGCUGCUACCACGAGGCCGGUGCUGCCUGGAGUUUUCUCUGGCUUGGGAUAUGCCUAGGAUCAUGUUUGGAGCUAAAGGCCAAGUCCACUACAGGCGGUAUACACGGUUCUUUGGUUCAGAUGGUGAUGUGGCACCUGCUCUGAGCCACUAUGCACUGUGCCAAUAUGAAGAUUGGGAGAACAGAAUCUCAGCAUGGCAGAACCCAGUACUGGAUGACAGAACCUUGCCUGCCUGGUACAAAUCUGCACUGUUCAAUGAAUUAUACUUCCUGGCCGAUGGAGGCACAGUAUGGCUGGAAGUUCCUGAAGACUCCCUACCAGAGGAGCUGGGAGGGAGUAUGUAUCAGCUUCGCCCUAUUCUGCAGGACUAUGGGCGAUUUGGCUAUCUUGAAGGCCAGGAGUACCGCAUGUACAACACAUACGAUGUCCACUUUUAUGCUUCCUUUGCCCUUGUCAUGCUGUGGCCCAAACUUGAGCUCAGUCUUCAGUAUGAUAUGGCCCUGGCAACUUUUAAGGAGGACCUGACCCGGCGACGGUACCUGAUGAGUGGAGUAGUGGCCCCUGUGAAAAGGAGGAACGUUAUCCCUCAUGAUAUUGGGGAUCCAGAUGAUGAGCCAUGGCUCCGGGUCAAUGCAUAUUUGAUUCAUGAUACUGCCGACUGGAAGGACCUGAACCUGAAGUUUGUGUUGCAAGUUUAUCGGGACUAUUACCUGACUGGUGACCAAGGCUUCCUGAAGGACAUGUGGCCUGUGUGUCUGGCUGUGAUGGAGUCCGAAAUGAAGUUUGAUAAGGACCAAGAUGGACUCAUUGAGAAUGGAGGCUAUGCAGACCAGACCUAUGAUGGAUGGGUCACCACAGGCCCCAGUGCUUACUGCGGAGGGCUGUGGCUGGCAGCGGUGGCUGUGAUGGUUCAGAUGGCUGUUCUGUGUGGGGCCCAGGAUGUCCAGGAUAAGUUUUCUUCCAUUCUCUGCCGAGGCCGAGAAGCUUAUGAGAGAUUGCUCUGGAACGGACGCUAUUACAACUAUGACAGCAGCUCCCAGCCCCAGUCCCGCAGUGUCAUGUCUGACCAGUGUGCUGGGCAGUGGUUCCUGAGGGCCUCUGGCCUGGGAGAAGGAGACACUGAAGUAUUUCCUACCCUGCAUGUGGUCCGUGCUCUCCGAACCAUCUUUGAGCUCAAUGUCCAAGCCUUUGCAGGAGGAGCCAUGGGGGCUGUGAAUGGGAUGCAGCCUCAUGGUGUCCCUGAUAGAUCCAGUGUGCAGUCUGAUGAAGUUUGGGUGGGUGUGGUCUAUGGGCUGGCAGCCACCAUGAUCCAAGAGGGCCUGACUUGGGAAGGUUUCCGGACAGCUGAAGGCUGUUACCGCACCGUAUGGGAACGCCUGGGCCUGGCUUUCCAGACCCCAGAGGCAUACUGUCAGCAGCGAGUGUUCCGCUCCCUGGCCUACAUGCGGCCACUGAGCAUCUGGGCCAUGCAGCUGGCCCUGCAACAGCAGCAGGGUAGGAAGAGCCGCAGGCCAGCAGUUACACAAGGCACAGGACUAAGCACACAGCCUGGAUGUGGACCAAAGAGGUCACUGGCAGACCUCAGUCCAGAGUGAUCCCUGUGAACUGUGGAGGCCCAGCCUCCACACUGGGCCUCCCUCCUUCCUCCCACAAGUCCUGCAGCCCUGAGCCAAUAGGACAAUCACGCCCCUCUUCCUACCCACCUGUGCCAGUAAAAAGGGGCUGAGGAACCACUUAUUUAUUUCUACCCUACCCGUUCCUUCCAUGGAUGAAGUAUUCAAGGCCAGUACAUUUCUCCAAAUCUAUUCACGGGACAACAGAUACACAUGAGUAUAAAUAAAAUACCCAUAGAACUAGUUAGUGUGGUAUCUGAGUUCCGGGCAUCCUAACAGGCACAUGAGCAAAGGCCAGCUCUCCUCUACUCCUUUUUAUUUGAAUACAGACAGGAGUCCUCAGGCUGAGGACUCCUCAUAUCCUCAAACCUAACCUGAAUACCUGCCUUGCAAGAUGACCAAAGAAGGGCUGUGUGUAGGUAGCCAUUCCCCACUUUCUGACAGAUUUGCCUGCAGGAGAAGAUUGGAGCCUGAGAAGGACAUCUCUGAAGACAGAUCAAGGAGUGGCCAGUGCAGGGACUGCUCUGCUUGAGGCAUGUGGUACAGUAUGCAGGAAAAGUUGCUGGAGACCAAGAGCAGAUGUUCUGAGCUAUCCAGCAACUGGUGUGUGCUGUCCAUGGGCAGCUCUGACGGCAGGGCAGACAGCUUCGGCUGAUGAUGGUCCUCGCUGGGGAGGGCACGAAGCUUGCGGUGCAACACUGAAGAGACAAAGACUGGUCAGGAGACCACACAGAAGAAACCCUCUACCACAGCCCACGCCUGAAGGUGUCCUUAAGCCUCUUACCAACAUAUUCAGCGGGCACACUCCCCCUUGCAUCAGAGGAGUACAUAGCAGGUACCAGAAGAAGGCAGAAAGAGAACACAAGGACCUAGAACACAGAGAAAGGAGAUGAAGGCUCUGGGUCACACACCCCGCAGGUCUAUGCCAGGGAAAGAAUCUCGUAUCACCCUCCUCACCAGAACACAAGUGCUGCCGCUGCUGGUUUUAUUGGCUAUCUCAAUCACCAUGGCCUGAAGCUUCCUCAGUUGAUCUAGAAGGGACCUAAGAGACAAGAGGAAACAGUAGAGGCCAUGCUCUGGCCGAGUACCUGAGUCACGAUGAAACCCUCCUGUCUAAGCCUCCCUCUCCAUUGAUGCUGUGGAUCCAGGCUCAACUUCCUUGCCAUUUUCCCCCAAGUGACUCUGUGCACAAAUGCCUGUGAUUCCUUAGUAAGACAAAAAUAAAUACAUAAAUAAAAAUAAAUAAAUAAAAUAAAACUUCUUUGCACUGA